AAUCGUUUGAUUUUUCAUUUAAAAAUAAGUAAAUUCGAAACAAAAUAAAAGUCACAAUUUCGGAUACUGAUUUGAAUCCGGAUAAGUUAUGUCUUUCGAAGAGUUAGAGCAGGAUCCAUUUGACACUCAUGAAUUUGUGGAGCGAUUGGCAUGGCGGACAAUGGGGACAAAGGCCCGUAGUCAGCAUGAUGAAUUUGAUCCAAUGUUGCUGCAUGGGGCCUUUGAGCAGAUGAUAUCUGACUUGAAGCAGAAGAAUCGCAUGGUCCAACAGCGGGUGGAUAAACUAGAAGACGAAUGCAAGGAGGAGGAAAAGAAGCACUGGUCACGAGUUGUGGACCUGCAGAGGAACAACCAGACAGCCUAUUCACACUUUGAAGGCCUGGCAGAGCGCAUCAGUGUUGUGGCCACAAAGGUCGUUCACCUAGGUGACCAGCUUGAGGGGGUCAACACGCCCCGUGCUCGUGCUGUCGAGGCACAGAGGCUCAUGAGCUACCUGUCAGAAUUCUUCACUGAUGAACCUCCUAAGUCAGCCAUCUUUAAAGAGGACAACCAGCUUCAGCUGGCAGCAGAAAUCAUUCAGAAACUGCACAUGAUUGCUCUUGAGCUGCCUUCUACUGAGAAGUUCAAUAAAGCAAGAACGAAAAUAGCACACAAGUAUGAUGAGAUUGAGGAUAAGCUGAUCAAGGACUUCUGUAAAGGCCACCACAACGGUGACAAACGCAAGAUGAAGAGGUGUGCAUCCGUACUUUCCAACUUUAAGGGACACGGCCGAUGUAUUGAUACAUUCAUAGAGGAAACCCAAAAGGGUUCGUUCAUUAGUCCUGAUCCAUUUAGUGAGGUGUUCCCACUGUGUAAGCGGAGUAACGAACUGAUCCAGGAAGUGUUUACAAAUCCUGACAUGGUUAUGGGCAAACUUGUACAGAAUAUCUACAUCACAAAACUACAGACAUUUAUUCAGAGCAAGUUGGAUGAUCAGUCUGACCCGGAGCAGUACUUGAAAGACUUCUUUGACAUGUACACAAGAACUUCAAAGCUGUCUAGUGACCUGUCUCAGUUCAAGAUUGGCAAUGACAGCUCAUUUCUGCCCAAAAUGUCCAAGGUCAUCUUCCAGAAACAUCUCGACAACUAUAUCAGUUUUGAGAUCAAGUACCUGAAUGAGAGAUGUGGAGCCAUCCUACAGCGUUAUUAUGAUGGGAAAAACCACCAGAAGAAACAGAUCCAGUCAGGAGGUUUAUCUGAGCUGAGACGUGACCUGCAGGCAAAAAUCGGAACCAUGAAUGUGAAUAUCAACAUCGGCCCCACGGUAGAAAACUAUGGGGGUGAAACUUUCCUCUCACAAGAGGUCUCCAUCAACGUUCUGCAGGAGACAAAACAGGCCUUCAAAAGAUGUCAGAUGUUGUCUGGAGGUUCUGAUGUCCCAGAAAAUGCUGUGAAGAUCCUAGAUAUUCUUAUCAAAUAUCUUGUACUGGAGCAUAUAGACUACGCUGUGGAAGUAGGACUACAAGCCAUUCCAGUUUCUGAGCCUAAAGUUGCCCCCGAGAUCUAUUUCUUCGACACAGUUCAGCAGGCCAACACCCUGUUUCAUCUGUUUGAGAAACAAUUCAUGGACAGUGCUGUUCCCCUUUUCCUAGUUGAUGGUACAGACAUUGUGUCAACCCCACUGUAUGCGGACUGCCUACACCGUAAACGUGAACUACGGGACAACCUGGAGUCAAAGAUUGACACGGGCCUGGACCGCGCUGUCACAUCCAUCUGCAAUUGGGUCCGCUAUAUUCUCACCUCUGAACAGAAGAAGAAAGACUUCCUGCCAGAUGAUGACUCCGUCCUUGCUCAGAUGGGCACUCCAGCAUCGGCUAAGGUUGUUCGGUUUCUGUCUGGCCAACACUCAAUGAUCAGGGACAACAUGGACGGGAAGAAUGUGGAGAUUGUUCUGCUGGAGCUGGGGACCAGGUUACAUCGCAUCAUUUAUGACCACCUCACACAGUUCUCAUACAAUUCACUGGGAGCAAUGUUGGUGAUCUGUGACGUGAAUGAAUACCGAAAGUGUGUAAAGGAUUUUGAGCUGCCGCUCGUAUCUCAGCUGUUUGAGAAACUACACGCCCUUUGUAACCUGCUUGUUGUUGUACCAGAAAACCUGAAACAAGUCUGCGGCGGGGACCAACUGACGGGGCUGGAUAAGAGUGUCUUGUUGUCUUUUAUCCAGCUAAGAGCUGACUAUAGGUCGGCAAAACUAGCCACAGUCCUCAAGUAAAAUACUUACAGAAGUCAGACAGAGGUGGCUAGUUCUGAUGCUGAAGUGAACAAUACAACAGCUUAAUGUGUUACGCCAUGCAUCUGUUAUUUAUGUGGUAUAAGUAUUUCUUAUCAUGUACAAACUUUUGUACUUUUGUACUCAGCUUAUAUUACAUUUAAUUGUUUUAUACCGGAUUAUAAUUAUUUGCUUCAGUUAUAACAACAAAUAAACAACACCAAUUGACAUUUGAUUAUCACGUAUAAACAGCAGACAUAAUUAUAUAGUUCCUCUAAUAGUUAUCGUUACCUUUUAAAGCUUGUUCAAGAUUAUAGGUAGAUGUAAAAAGUGUCUCAUCUAAGGGUUGAGGAUGUAUAAUGUACCGAUAAGCUGAAAGCUGUGGCAAUGUGCAAUAUUGCUAAAUUUAUUUAUUGUCCUCUACGCUUGGGUGUGUUGCAAGUGAAUGUACAUUAUGAUUUUUGCUUGUAUUUAAAAAAGAUCAAUAACUUGAAUAAAAUCUAUUAAUCUU